CUCCACUAGCAUGGCAAAUCAAAAUCAGCAACGUUUCUUCUCGUUUUGGAGACAAGAAAGCACGCAGCAGAUCUCGCCGGGCGCUCGGGAAAAGAAAGAGAAGACAAGAGAAGAGCAGAGCGCUCGGCCGUUUCGUUGGCGCCCACCGCGCACCACCGCUUCCCCGUGCUCGUGCCAACAAAUAACGCUACCCGCCAGUAAUCUCUUUCCUUGUCGACCCCGUUCCAACUUCCAGCCCCCUCUCUGGCUCUCUUCUUCCUCCUCCGGCUGUGCCACUACUGCCGCAAGCGCCCGUCCUGUACCAAUCCAGAAUUCACCCACGCGAAACACCUCCGCUCCAUUCGCCGCCGCGCGUCCAGCAGGCCGCCCCCGAAAGUAGUCCGUACGGACAUCGAGUCCUUUUCGGGGGCCUCCGCUUUUGGAACCGGCGCCAGAAAGGAAGCGGGGGAUCCGGGCAGUCUUUUUUUGGGCCAUCGACCGAUCUUAUUCCUUCCUGCUGCUCGGUAUAGUAUAUCCGAUCCCCCCAUCCCUUUUUCCCGGCGCGUGCGUGCGUGCGUGCGUGGGGCAAUUCGACGGCGGCGCGGGGGUGUUUCUGUCCUUGGAUGGUCGUUUGGCCGGCCCGCGCCGAUCGAUGGAGUUCUGGCCGGAGUUCCUGGCGACCAGCUGCGGGCAUGAGUUCGUGGCGGGGGGCGUCGGCGGCAUGGCCGGUGUGCUGGCGGGCCACCCGCUCGACACGCUCCGCAUCCGCCUGCAGCAGCCGCCGCCGCCCGCCAGCCCCGGGAUCACCGCCGCCGCGGCACGCCCGCCCUCCGCCGCCAAGCUGCUGCGCGGCAUCCUCCGCGCCGAGGGACCCUCCGCGCUCUACCGCGGUAUGGGCGCGCCCCUCGCCUCCGUCGCCUUCCAGAAUGCAAUGGUGUUCCAAGUCUACGCGAUCCUCUCGCGGUCGCUGGACACCUCAGACCCUCCCUCCUACACGAGCGUGGCGCUCGCCGGGGUCGGCACGGGCGCGCUGCAAACUCUCAUCCUGUCCCCCGUAGAGCUCGUCAAGAUCAGGCUGCAGCUGGACGCGCACCGGCGCCCGCCGGGGCCGCUGGACAUGGCCCGGGACAUCCUCCGGCGCGAGGGCCUCCGCGGCGUCUACCGUGGCCUGGCCGUGACCGCGCUCCGGGACGCGCCCUCGCACGGCGUCUACUUCUGGACGUACGAGCGCGCGCGUGAGGCGCUGCACCCGGGCUGCCGGACUGGGCAGGCGGAGCAGGAGUCCCUGGCCACGAUGCUCGUGUCGGGGGGCCUCGCGGGCGUCGCCAGCUGGGUCUGCUGCUACCCGCUGGACGUGGUCAAGUCCCGGCUGCAGGCGCAGCCGGCGUCGGCGCACCCGCGGUACCGCGGCGUCGUCGACUGCUUCAGGAAGAGCGUCCGGGAGGAAGGGCUCCCCGUGCUGUGGCGCGGGCUCGGCACCGCAGUGGCCCGCGCGUUCGUGGUCAAUGGCGCCAUCUUCGCGGCCUACGAGCUCGCGCUCCGGUUCUUGGUCACCAACAACGGUCAGAGGCUGGUCAUGGAGGAGAACUGAAACUGUCAAGAUCAUCGAUGCGAUUCCAUCCAUUUGCAAAAGGUUGGAGCCGCUCGCGGCAGCUUGGAGCCAAGCACCGAUAUGCAGGUUCGCGGUGUUGUACAUAGGCUAGUAUAUUCUUUGGGAAGUGGUUACGGGGAUCAUCAUACCAUUGCAGCAAGGCGUGAAUGCGUGAUUUUCAGAGAGUGGUUAGUGCCUGCAGGAAUGGGCAGAGAUUGGCUCUGUAGGUGUACUUCUUGAUCACGACGAUCAAUUCCCCCAAUGUGUUUGGGGAAAUGCUACUAUAGGACUAUUACAUAUUGGUAUGUGUAUGUACUCCGUAUUAUAGAACAUAAAUCAUUGAAGACAAUGGGUUAAUUGCCAGCAGGUGUCGGAUCAAUAUGCAUUGAUGAGAGUUCGUCUGACA